GAUAUAACGGAGAGACAGUUUCGCAGUGGAGUUGAAUAUGAGCGGAUGGGAUGGAGCACACGCGCCACUAAAAUAGUGUAGCUGUAGUUUAAAUGGACUAAAAGGAUACCUUUGGGCAUUAUAAGAUCAGUUUCUCGGACAGAAUUUGGAACCAGCAUCAUUGUGGCUCAUGGCAGAUCAUUGAUUAAAGCACAAGCAGCGAUGAACACGGUAGUCUUCAGUAAGUUUGAUCACCGGCGCUUUGACGAGAGCGGAAAGAGUGUGGAAAGGACCAGCAGGAACUAUUUAGAGGUGAUCGAUGGGCAACAUCGAGAUUUACUGUCAAGCCACAAAGUGAUGGAUGGCACCGGAGCUCUUAAACACAGGAGAAAUGGCGGGGGGAAGGUGCGGCACAAACGUCAGACCCUGCAGGAUAUGGCUCGACCCCUGAAGCAGUGGCUCUAUAAGCACAGAGACAACCCUUAUCCCACCAAAACUGAGAAGAUACUGCUGGCUCUGGGCUCCCACAUGACCCUAGUUCAGGUCUCAAACUGGUUUGCUAAUGCAAGACGUAGGCUCAAGAACACAGUGCGACAGCCUGACUUAAGCUGGGCUCUACGCAUAAAACUCUACAACAAAUAUGUCCAAGGCAAUGCAGAGAGACUCAGCAUUAGCAGCGAUGACACAGCAUCAGACGAUGGGGAGAACACUUUACAGAUGCAGACCAGUGUAUCAAACUUCAACAGACCCACGCACAAGAGUGUCAUUCAGGACAGCAGGGGAAAAGUGGUGGGGCGAAGUACAGAUCCUUCAGUUUGUGAUGAUUACGUCUCGCCACCGAAAUACAAGAACAGCUUGCUGAACCGUUAUUUAAAUGAUUCCCUUCGGCAUGUAAUGGCUUCUGAAACAGUUCUGGACUCUCGGAAGAGGAACCACUCAGGAUCGUUUAGCUCCAACGAGUAUGAGGACGAUCUUCUCUCACCCUCAUCAUCAGAAGCUGAGGCGAACUUUACCUACCGUACAGUGACGUUGGACUGUGGCACACACCCGGGUGAGAGCAGUGCUCAUAAAGGUGGCAGACGGGGAAAUGGUGAGACCUACUGGAAAGAGCUCCAUGCUGCCAUGGCCCUGACCAACCUGGCCCAUGGGAAGGAGAGCGCAGCGGCAGGCACCACCAGUUGUAUCAUCCAGAAGUCUUCCCAUAUAGCAGAGAUUAAGACUGUCAAAGUGCCCACACAACCCCGACAUUAGUGGCGAACAGACUGGAUGGAGGUCUUAUAAACUGUAAUAGGAUAUAAUUGCUAAAAGACUACCUGAACACUUGAGGAUGUACAUGCAAUAAUGUUGUUGAAAACUACCCACAACACCCUUUUCUGAGAGGAAAAAAUAAAUGGUGAUUGACCAGUGUGCCUAUUUUUCUACCACUGUCUAGUGAAAAAUGACAGUAAGAUGUACCACUAAAAAACAGAAGCACAGA